AUGCCUGAUGGUAUUUUUCCUUUCCAGAGACGGACCAAGCAGAAGGUUGUGACUGACUUUGCAACAGUGAGUAAGGGAGCAUCUGCAGCAGCCAAACCUAGAGCUGCACUGAGGCAGGUCCUGUUCAGCCAGGGAGUAUCUGAGAAGAACCCGACGUCUGAGGAGCGAGGUCAUCUGGAUUUGUUGAAGCAGGAGCUGGGGACCUACGCUGUGCCAGUGAGUCUAAAGUGGAGGUGGAAAGAAGAAAGUCGAGGAACGACACUGGAGAAUAACUGGACAGAUAUUGUGCACUCUCAUUCGACCAUGUCUAAGAUGCAGAGACACCAGCAGGAGGCGCUGUGGGAGUUUGUUCACACUGAGCUCACCUACAUCAACAAGCUAAUUAUCAUCAAAGACUUGGUUAUUGCAGCUCUUGUCAACCUGCACCAGCAUGGAUUUCUCCUGGAGGUGACCCCUGAGCUGCUUUUCUCCAACCUUCCCUCCAUUCUCUUCUCACACCAGCUGUUUUGGCAAGAGGUGAUUUAUCCCAUGUUACAGGAGGUCCGGAGGACAGGCAUGCCCUUUGACCCCAUGAGGUUAGAGGCCGGUUGCCUGCAGUUCCAUGAGUGCUUCUCUUCCUAUCAACAUUACUGUUGGGAGGAGGAAAACAAUCUUGAGUUCACACGCAGGCAGAUGGAGAGCAACCCACAUUUCCUCAUUUACGUGCAGUGGGUGGAGACUCACCCUCAGUGUGAGCGGAUGCGGCUCGGGGACAUGCAGGCCAAACCCCAUCAGAGGAUUACAAAGUAUCCUCUACUGCUCAAGGCAGUGCUGAAAACCACCCCAGACCCUCAUGCACAGCACACACUCAGAGGCAUGUUGUCCAGUGUAAACAGUUUUUUAGAGAGUAUCAAUGACUACUUGAAGCUAAAAGAUGAAGAACUCGCUCUCACCAUCUCUGCUCAGAGGGUGGAGGGAUACGAGGUGGAAGGAAUAAAUGAAGAAAUUGACAAGCAUGUCAGAGAGAUCUGUCAGUUUGACCUAACAUGCCCCAUCAGAGGAGUAGGUCCUGAAGUCGUACGUAAGCUGCUGCUGGAGGAGAACUUGAAGAUUCGAGGGAGAAAAGACAGCAAGCUGGAGGUGGUGGCUCUACUUUUCUCAGAUGUGCUUCUAAUGACCAAAGUCCAGAAGAAGGGAGAGCGGCUGAAGGUAGUUCGACCUCCUCUGGCCCUCGACAGAACAUACUGCAUAGCAGUGAAGGAUAGCUGUUCAUUCGUUCUUGUAGAGGUAGGUGAGCUUCAGUGCGCUAUGAAUGUCUACAUCUUUGCAGCCAGCACUUCAGAGAGCUGCUCCACAUGGGUCUCCACCAUCCAACAAGCAAAGGAAACACUGAGGAGCCUGAGAGAAACAGAGAACAACAGACAACUGGAAAUCUGGAAAUUCCAGCAGCUUGAGGCCAAACCUGUUACAGAAAUCAGCACGGAUGAUAUGGAGACAGAGGAACAACCUCUUAUAGAGUCAAGAUCAAGAGGAGAGACUUUUGUGGAUGAACUUACUGAAGAACCUAUUAGCCCCCAAUCAAUAAAUGGGAUGCUGGCAUCUAAAGAAGCAGGGGAGCAGUAUCAGCCUCCAGAUAAUGUGGUCUCUAGCGAUGCAAUUGUAUCUUUUUUGCACCCUGAGUACAACAACAAUAACCGUAAAGUAGUGCGUAAGGGCUUUGCUGGUAGGCAACAAGCAGCCAAAGCAUAUGAAUGGAUAGAAUUGGGAGUGAGAGGACAAGAAGUUGGAAUCUUUACAGAGGAAAAAGGGAAAAUGGUGGAAUCUCAGAUGACAAAGGAACAAAGAUCGAACUGGAACCACAGGGUGCAAUCUGCUCCUAAUCUGGAUAGUUUUACUCACAGUAAUGCAGCUCCAUUAAGAUACAACACUGGACCACAUUAUCUCUUGGAUGGAUAUCCAGAUAUUGACUAUCCAAUGGAUGAAGAUAAUACUUCACAAUCUCCUUACCAACCAACAAUAUCCAGAGAGGGGCCUGAACUUGAAAGAGCACCGGGAGAAGGAGGACUAUCAGCAAGGAGAGUCUCAGAUUCCCAGUCUGUGAACCAGCACACCACUAGAAAUUCCAGCUACAGCCAGUCCGAAGACAAUGAGACAUCUCCAGAGGCUUGGGGUUUCUCCAAAAACUUGAAGUCACCUGGGUUACAGAGAAGAAGGCCAGUUAGCAUCCCUCAGGGACCCUCCACUCAGAUGUCUAGGCAUUCAUUUCAAGACUCAAACAAAUUCUCCUUCUCCAACUCUGACUCAAACUACAACCUAAAUAUCAAGAGAAACUCUCUUCCUACUGGCCAAAACUCAGAUUCCCACCGGGUGCUAAAGCUGGGCUCCCUGAAGCAGAACCAAGGGAUGUUUUGGAACAUACAUGAUAGAGUCUCUCCAGACCCCCAAACAUUGUCUGAGUCUGAGCUGCCUGAUGUUAACUUCUAUAACAAUAGGCCCAAAUUGAAAACCCAAAGGAGUGCCUCCAUUCCUAACAUCAUCAUCGAAGGAGGCCAUGGACUUCGCAUGCACUCCAGUAGUCUGUACACAUUACCCAAAGAGAAGGACACACAAUUCCCCAUCUCAGGACAUAAUCCCAACGGACACCCCUCGCCUCUGGAGGGUCUUUUGGAAAAAGCCAAUGAGAGAGUGAGAGACAGAGAUGGAUUAAAAAGAGACAGAAAUUUGAAAACAGCUAAUUUGAAGUCAAGGUAUCCUCCAUCCCCCUCGUUUUCCACCACACCAUCACCAUCGCCCAGUGAUGGAGACAGAGACACAGAGUGGGAGGAGGAGGUGGAGCUAAUGAGACACAGAGCACCCACAGUGAGUGAAGGAUGGAAGGAGCAGCUGGUGGACGGAGAUGGAGAUGAAGAUGAGAAAAGGGACAGUGUUGUCUUUACGGAUGGUGUAAAUGUGGACUGGUCAGGAUGGUGCUUCGAUGAUGAUGAAGUCAUGGAUCAUUUACAGCCUCAAGCCAGGGGGCUUCUGGAGGACAUCAACCAAUCUCUGACCUCUUGUUAUCUCUACGAACGUUCAGAGCAAGAAGACGGAGAGUGUAGUCAGGUGUAACCCUGAAGCUGCACUACAGAGUCCAGUAGUCACUGGAAUCUGAAUCCAAGACACUGAAGGGACAAAUUAACUAAAUUUUUAUGAGAAGCCGAAGCACAAAAGAGGAGAUAAUCUGUUGUUGACACAGAAGUCUUUUCAAUCAGAAUUUAUGGCCAAUAAUAAUUCUGUAAUUAAUGUAAAAUAAUGUAGUAUGUAUUUUUUAGAAUAAUACAUAAACAUGUGUUCCAUGUUUUGUGUAACUAUAAUGAAACAUUAUUUUUUAUAAAUUACUGUAUAUAUUAUUU